GUGUCGUCAGAUGUAUCAUUUGAAUAAACUAAAUAGACAGCCCAGCAUAGGUUAUAACUUGUAUAAGUAAUAGGUGUUUCGUGAGUAAAUAAUUUGUAAAGUUGUCAAAGCAACCGACAAUGGUGCCAAUAUCGUAACAGCAAUGUUUACAAGAAUUCGAGGUUUCCUGUACCGUCACAAACGGAAAUUUGUUAUAGGUGGAAUUUUAAUUGGAGGUGCAGUUUUAGCAUCUCAGUAUGCACAAAAGAAACUUCGUGAAUGGCAAGAAAGAGAAACAAAAGAAUUCCUUGAACAGACACGUCGGCGGCAUCACUUUGAAAGUACAGAACGAACUUGUAACCAAACGAUACUUUCCCUGACACCAACUGUUAGGGAGGCAGUAAUUAAAUUCUUAGAUACUGAGGACUUGGUGAUCAGACUGCGAAGUAGUCCGACUGAUAAAGUGUCGCUAUGGGAAGAGCUGAAGAUCCUGGCCUUUACACGUGCAUCUGUGCUGGUGUAUGCUGAAGCCAUGUUGGUGGUUACACUGCGCAUCCAGCUCAAUCUUAUUGGUGGUUACAUGUAUCAGGACUCAACUAGCGAGGCAGAAGGCCAUGGGACAAGGGCUCUACACAUCAGCAGUGAAUUGCAACACAAUUAUUUGUCAUUCUGCCACCAUUUUGUUAAUGAUGGCAUACGUGAGUUGUGUGCUCUUGUAGAAGAGAAGGUUCGCCUCAUAGUGGAGGGAACAUCAUUGAAACAGAAAUUGAAUCUCCAGGACACUGAGCAGCUGUUCUGGGCCAUACAGGCAGCUGUAACUGGAGACAUCAGCGACCCUAUCAAAUGUCUUAACCAAUACUUCCUGCCACCAGACCGUCUUGCUGCAGCCGACUGUGACACUCUGCAGAAAAUGGUCUCAGAGACAACUGAUCUGCUGGAGAGUGAUGAAAUUAUAUCAUUGACAUCAUCAUGUGUGAGCCAAGGAUUCUCAUUGAUGGUUGAUCGAAUCUCUGAUUAUUAUGGACCAGCAGCAGACAGAACAGCUCUAAACAUGAAUGCUGGACCAUCAGGCCUGCAAAACAAGACCCAGAUGUCAAACAGUGGUUUAGAAUGUAGCAAUGGUCUUACCAACUUUAUCCAUCCUAAUAAUGUGGCAAUGCCUAUGGCCAAACUGAUACCCAUUGUAAAUGGAUUAGUCCAGCAUCAUACAGGGCAUGGAGCUGGUCCUGAUCCAUGGAUUCAGCAACUGAUACUUGAUGACAAACUUAAACUCCUGGGAGCAAAUGUGUAUGAAGCAUUCUGUAACAAAUGACAAUCUGCAUUUAUCCUCUCCCAAGGUCUUUGACAAUUGUGAUCUAAAUAUGAGGCUGCUUAGCAAUGACAUAAUUAAUAUUACAUUUGGUUUGUGGUCUGAUUUGUGUUUCAGUUACAUGAUUAGAUUUCAAAAUAAUGAAAGUGAUAAGUACUAUUUGGUAUUAGAAGUUGAUUUUAGGUAACUUGGAAGUUUCAAAGCAACUGCAUGUUACAUGAAAAAGAAAUUAUGGUCCUUACACAAAUUUUGAAUUGUGUAAAUUUAUGGUUGCUACACUGUUGGUGAUGAAGUAACUUGGCCGUGAAAUAUCAGUGGUCAUUUAUGUCUCCUAACUGUAUCAUGUUAUGCAGUUAUUGUUAAAGCAUUUAUUCUAAAUUAUUCUUGAGAAGCAAAUGUAAAUAGUAAGUUGUAUAUACUAACAACAGAUUUUCAUGACAUGAUAGGUUUAGAUAUAGCAUGACAGUGAUGUAUAAGCUUAGCCAAUAUUUUAAAAUAUUUCAAACUUUUUAAAUUUAUACUGUGGAAAGGGAAAUGUUCUAAUUUUGUGUUUUUGUUGUUGCCAUCUAUACUUUUACUUGUUCAGAUCAUACAAAUAUCAUUAGUCUGUUCUGGUUUUGUGUUAUAACAUUGGAACCUUGAAGGUGUAUGUAACUAACUGCUGCUGUGAAGAUUAGCCACUUUUUUAUUGCUUUGUAAGAUUUAUGAUGGUGAACUGAAAUUUUCUGGUGAGAGGAAUAACUCUGGAACAGUGCAUAUGAAUGUAUGUAAGUUUGCAGGACACUAAAUUAGUAUUGUUAUCAAUAAAAUAAAUUGCUAUGAAUUAAUGUUU